UUUGCGGCUGAACUCGCCGGUAGCUUAGCGGGACACCGUGUUUUCAUCUCUGGGAUUAAAACCUGAAGUGUCGCUCGUGCGGCGGUGGAAAGCGCUGAUGUGGAGAUGCUGAUCCGGGCCCGUGAGCGCGCGCAGGCGAACUGACUCGCUCUAGUUCCGUUUGGACACAUUUCUCGAGCGCGUCCUCUCCUGGCAUCCACCUGCCUGCCCAUGGAGGGACGUCGCGAUGCUGUGCACAAGGAGAACUAAAACUUUGGUGUCGACAUGCGUAAUCCUGAGCGGUAUGACCAACAUCGUGUGCCUGCUGUACGUCGGCUGGAUCACCAACUACGUGGCCAACAGCGGUCCUAAAGUUGCGGAGAGCGGCGGCGGCGGCGAGGCGGAGAGAAAGUUGGAGGAGGACAGCAAAGGUGAAACCUUGAGGAUUAUCGAGAGGCUGGACCGGCUGGAGAGCGUCGUCAACGAGCACAUUAAAGAAACUCCUCUGAAGGAUGGGGAAGAUGCGGCAUCCUCGUCAGACGCAGCGUCAGACCCCGCCUCCUCACUCUUCAACCACUGGGGUCACGACCUUGGCCCGGAAAGCCGAAGGGUUGCCCUCAAGAAGUUCAAGUACUAUGGCUACAACGGUUACCUUAGCGACCGCAUCUCCCUCACCCGCCCGAUUCCAGAUUUACGGCCUGAUGGAUGCAGAAACAUGUCCUACUCAUCAGACCUUCCCCAGCUCAGUGUCAUCUUCAUCUUUGUCAACGAGGCCUUGUCGGUGUUGCUGCGCUCCAUCCACACGGCCAUCCAGAGGACUCCUUCCCACCUGCUCAAAGAGAUCAUACUGGUGGACGACCACAGCAACAGCUUGGAGCUAAAGGAGCAUCUGCAGAACUUUGUGGACGAGACCAAUGCUCAGCACGGCCCGGGGUUCAUCAAGGUGGUCCGCCAUGAUAAGCAGGAAGGACUGAUCAGGUCCAGAGUGAGCGGCUGGAGGGCAGCUUCUGCCCCUGUUGUCGCUUUGUUCGACGCACACGUGGAGUUCAACACUGGAUGGGCGGAGCCUAUUCUGCAGCGAAUAAAGGAGGACCGGACCCGGGUGGUCUCGCCUUCAUUUGACAACAUCAAGUAUGACACCUUCGAGAUCGAGGAAUACCCUCUGUCUGCUCAGGGCUUCGACUGGGAGCUGUGGUGCAGAUACCUCAACCCGCCAAAGUCCUGGUGGACGCAGCGCAACAACACGGCGCCUAUCAGGAGCCCUGCUCUGAUUGGCUGCUUUGUGGUCGACAGGAAAUACUUUGAAGAGAUUGGCCUGCUUGAUGAGGGCAUGGAAAUUUAUGGUGGAGAAAAUGUGGAGCUUGGAAUCAGGGUGUGGCAGUGCGGUGGCAGUGUAGAGGUCCUGCCCUGCUCUCGGAUCGCCCACAUCGAGCGUGCCCACAAACCCUACACGGAGAACCUGACGGCUCACGUCCGCCGCAACGCUCUGAGGGUGGCUGAGGUCUGGAUGGACCAGUACAAGAGUCACGUCUACAUGGCCUGGAACGUUCCACUGCAGAACUCGGGAAUAGACAUCGGGGACAUUUCUAAGAGGAAGGCCCUGCGGUCAAGACUCCGGUGUCGACCGUUCAGCUGGUUCCUCUCCAACAUCUACCCUGAGCUCCGAUCCUACAGCGACACAGUUGCUUAUGGCGUGGUGAGUUCCUGUGAUCGACCUGCAUUUCCGUCUUUGCCUAUGUUGACAUCCAGAAUUAAGGUGCCACCAAACCCUACAUCACAGCAGCUCUUCUUCUCUGAUCGCGCCCUGCCCUGUCUCCCAGACAUCUCCAUGCUUCCACAGAACGUGUACUACACCAGCUCCCAGCAGCUUCACCUGGGAGUGCUGAGUCCGACGAUCGACGAUGACGACAACAAGUGUCUGGUUGACGUGAACAGCAAACCCAGGCUUCUGGAGUGCAGCUACGGCACUACUAAGCACAUGAAGCUCACCUGGACGUUCACUCAGGGUGGUCCCAUCCAAAACAUUGAGUCGCAGCGCUGUCUGGAGCUGGUGGAGAGCCGGCAGUCAGAGUUCAGUUUCCAGCUGGCAAUUCAGGACUGCACGGAUCAGAAAUGGACCAUCACCAACAUACUGACUGUCCUGCCACAGUGAACGUAGUGACACCAGUCAGACAUCAGGAGACCUUUCACGUGAUGGACUGGUAUAACUGAGGAAGUCUGCCACUUCACACCCAAAAACCAAACUGACCCAAAGCCAGGAUGGACCAUCAUAGAGGUCUGGUGCACAUAAAAUGACAGUCCAGUUAGAGAUGGACUAACACGCUGACCUCAGCAUCAAACUAAGCUCUCAAAAAAUUAGUUUCAGUACUGGACUUAUUUUUAAGGAGAAUCUGCAAAGAAGCAGAUGUGCUUCAAUCAGACACGGACCAUUAGUAACCUAAUAACCAUUUUAUACCAAUGACCUGGGAGAAGAGACUCUCACAGAUGGAGCCGGAGCUCUUAAAACUCCCCACUCUGCGAUGGAAAUGAGAAAUACAGCCACUUGUUCCGGGAGACAGGCUCAUGAAAUCAUGUAAGCAGUCUGGUUAUUGCAGGAGCGGGCCUGUGAUGUAUUCUGGCUCCCAGUAGGUAGUUUAAGUUCAGGCCUGAGCUGCCACAGCCUCAUCACACAAUCUCAAAGCAAAUUGAGUGAGCGCGGUUCAAUAUGUUUGCGUGCAGACGGACAGAUGUGAGGCGAGCGUGUUGUUGUUGCAAAGCGGCCGGCGUGUUGCUCACGUUUGAUUUUUAGGGCAGGUUUUAAAUCGUUAGCAUCACCGCUCGACUGGAGCGGAGCGACCGAGCAGGUGCUGCAGAUUUCCUGAUGUCACUAAAAAGGAGCUGGUCUAAUGAAGAAUACCACAGAGUGAUUUAAACUGGCACUGUGAUAGAAACACCGUCACUCAGGGGUUUCAGAGUGUGGGAUUAAAUGGUUUACAGACAGAACCGCCAAUCACUCUGGCGUGUGCACACUUAUAAACAGAAAUCUGGAAACACCUGCCUACAGAUGUCGUGUUGGUUGCCCACAGGUGGCUGUGUAUUAGAUGCUUUGCUUUGACUUUAUAGAUACCUGCAUUAUCCCUCAGCAUAUGGAAAAAGUGGGAAUGAUGUGCACAUUUGCCCUUUCAGAACCAGACUUUUUGUUAAUAUGUUGGAGGUUUGUUAUAAAUCAGCCCUGCUCACGUUAGCCCAGCUCGGUGUCUGACUACAGUUUUCAUCCUCACAUUGUCUGGCUGCAUCUGUGCUGUCUGUAAAUUACUAACUGCUCCCAUCAACUUUUUCUCAUUGACCUUAUAAAGGAUGCCUCUCCAACGCGUUUGAAGAGAGUAAUCACACAAUGAAACCUUAGAGCAGCAGAAGACGUGGCCGCAGCACUCUCCUCGACCGCUCCGGCUUUUAAGAGUCGGGUCUUACAGCAGAGACGCAGUGAUGAGAGUGCUUAGUCAAUCAUGGUGACUGCUGGGGUCACUACAGGUCAAAGUCACACCUAAACUAAUUUGUUGAGGUGGCUAAAUAUUCAGAAGAAAUAAAAACCACAGAACGUGUAAUAAACCUGGUUUCAGGUCCGUAGUUUAUCAUAGCAUGUCGGCAAUACUCCUACACAGUCCUCAGAAGAUGUCCAAUCAAGACAAAUAAUUGAAAAUGCCUGCGUAGGUGUAGCAUAAAGGUGCAGAACCUCAGAUGUUUAUUAUCCUAUUUCAGACACUUCCUCCUUUUUCAAUUUUAAACUUUUCAACAAGAAACGCGGCGUUCUUUUCCCUGGAUUUAGAGGUCACUGCUGCCCGCUCGUUUUCUGCCACGUGAAUGAAAAUAUAACCUUGGAUGGUUGUUCAUCCAGAAUACACAGCAAAAAGUAUGAAAAGAUCACAGUAGAAUACAGAUAUUUGGAGUUUUAUGAAUUUACAAAUCCAGCUGUGGUUGUUUUCAUCCAGUCGUCACAGGUCUGAAUUUCAGGCUCAUUUCUUUGAGCUGUUCUUUUUUUCAGGGUGAAUCGCUGCAUUUCAAUGACUUAAAAGAUAAGAACUGGGUGCACAAGUUUAAACUUAUUUUGGAUUUUCUAUAAUCGACACAUGGUCAGAAGUCUACAUAAAGGCUAAGGCCCAUUAACUUGGUGAUUAUGAUUGAUUAAAACUGGUAGUUUCUUUGUAUCAUUACAAAGGACUGCACUCGCCCAUACGCAAUGGGACGGUCCAGGGAAGAAUUUGUGAAAAUGCAGAUUUACAUAACUUGGGAGAGUCUCUUGGAGCCAUUUCUAAACAUCUGUAGAUUCCAAGAUCAUCAGUUCAAACAAUUGUAUAAAUUAUCCAGAUGUGUCACCACUUUGCAGACGUCUGAAAGAAGACCCAAACUGUCGCUCUCAUGUCAGACUCAGCUGGUUAGGAAUCCAAAAUAAAUUCAAACUUGUGCACCCAUUUCAUGCUUUGCAUCAAAGAAGAUUACCAUACAGCCACCCCACUGUAAAAAAAACAUCCCACCCCAAAUUAGCCUGACAUCCAUGGCUGUGAUGAGUGGAUGCAAACUUCUCGCCACAGCUCUGUUUUUCUCAAUUUUGAAUGCUGUUGGCCGAGGCUGGGAAAUAUGGACCAGACUGAUGCUUGUAGGCUGGAUAUACAGUAAAAUAUCAUAGGUUACACUUAAACAGCUGUUUUUUAGUCAAGAGCGACUGCUGUGGAUAAUCAGACACCUUUAUUGUUUGCUGUCAAAGUUUCACGUAGCCUAAAAACUCAAAGCUGGUUUACAGAAGGUUUGUCCUGAACAUUGAAGCAACUAAUAUCAGAAGACCGAGAGCCAUUUACAAGGGGUGCAACGAUACACAAAAUUCACGGUUCGGUUCGAUACUUUGGUGUCACG